AUGGCCGAGGUCGAGACUUCCGUCGGCGACGAGUCGUUUUCGCAUGCCGAGCCGAACAUGACGGUGGGCACGAGACGUCAGGCGAAUGGCACGAUCGGCUCCGUCUAUUCGGGAAACAAGAUCAGGCAUCUGAAAAAGGAAGAUGGCAUCCCGCUCUGGCGCAAGGACAUCCAGUACCAGUUUCUCAAGCUCGUCUUCGAGGAUAAAACGCCCGUCUUCACUCGCUGGCCCGAUGGCAAGAAGGGCUUCGACUUCGCCGACGUCUACAUUGAUGCGAUGGCGCGCAGUAGCAAGACGAGCAAGAUCCUCAAGGAUAAGCUCCAGAAUGAUAAGCAGGCUGCUAUCAGCAUGGCUAUGGUGUGUUUACUCGUCAAUUUUGGGCGGAUGAACACUACCCUCAACUUCUUCCCCGAGAUGCGCGCUCAACUGCGGACCUACCACUCGAUUCCCUCGUUACAGGCGCACCAAGACCCCAAUGCCUACAAACAACUACAAGAUGCUCCUCGUCUCAAAUCUAUCCUCAAGGGUGCGUCGGAGGAUGUUGACCAGCCGAACACACUCGAGAUGAUCAAGAAUAGUAGCGUACCCCGGACAAAUCCUGUCAACCUGAUCUUCGUUCUGGCCCAGUACGCCCCCAAAGUGUCCGAGUUGCACUUUUUUCCUCCGCGCGAUUUCUUUGAUCUCGUUAUGAGAUCCACCCUCAGCAGCAAAAGCCGUGCGAAAGCGUUCCUCUGGUUGAUGUGGUGGUACCUGGAGGGUGAUUUUACCCCCGAGGCUGCCCUCAACAAUCCGUUCGGCGCGGGACUGGAUGGCGAAGGAACAGGCGGGCUGCCGAUCAAGGUGCCCAAUUUCGAGAGCCUCACCGAGGACCAAGCCAACGAAGAGAACGUUGAUACGCAAUCCGAGAUUGAAUAUGGAGAGGCCAAGCGCUUGGAGCGAAAACGUUAG